UGUGCCGCGCGCUCCUGAGCGAGCGGUCUCCAUGGCAACCAGCGGGGCCCGCGCCCGGCCCCUGGGUCCCCGCCACCGCCCUCGCCGCCGCGCUGACCGGGAAGCAGUUCCCGCGGCGUCGCCGUGACUCGUGGAGCUGGCCGCGGCCCGCAGGGCCCUCGCGGUGGCGCCGGCGCGGAGGAAGCCGCGGAGACCCAGGUACGCGCGCCCGCCCGCAGGUGCCGCCCUCUUUGUUCUGCCCAGGUGGGCGCGGGGCACCGAGCCGCCCGUGCGCCCCGCACCCCCGCUUCCGCAGUCCACACCGUAAAAAAGGAAAAUAAUAAUCAUCUUCAUCCUUCGGGGCCCCGAACCAGCCCGGCCUGGCGCCCCACCUCCGGGCCCGGCGAGGCCGCAUCCGGAACCGGAACCAGAACCAGGCCGCGCGCGGGCCUGGCCGGUCCCCUGCCCUGCACCUCAGCCCGCCCCAGCACCCCGAGGCCCCCGGUCGAUUCUGGCGCCCCGGCCCCGCUGCACCCACCCUUCGGCCUUCGCGUGUGGCCCGCCGCGGCCGGGAUGGUGCAGCCGCAGACCUCCAAGGCCGAAAGCCCGGCCUCGGCUGGGGCUGCCAACGCCCAGAUGGACGACGUGAUCGACACGCUGACCUCGCUGCGCCUCACCAACUCCGCGCUGCGCCGCGAGGCCUCCACGCUGCGCGCCGAGAAGGCCAACCUCACCAACAUGCUGGAGAGCGUGAUGGCCGAGCUGACCCUGCUGCGCACCCGCGCGCGCAUCCCCGGGGCGCUGCAGAUCACGCCGCCCAUCUCGGCCAUCACCUCCAACGGGACGCGCCCCAUGACCACCCCGCCCACCUCGCUGCCUGAGCCCUUCUCCGGAGACCCGGGCCAGCUGGCGGGCUUCCUGAUGCAGAUGGACAGGUUCAUGAUCUUCCAGGCCUCCCGCUUCCCGGGGGAGGCCGAGCGAGUGGCCUUCCUCGUGUCCCGCCUGACCGGGGAGGCCGAGAAGUGGGCCAUCCCGCACAUGCAGCCAGACAGCCCCUUGCGAAACGACUAUCAGGGCUUCCUGGCCGAGUUGCGGAGAACCUACAAGUCCCCCCUGCGCCAUGCGCGGCGCGCCCAGAUCAGGAAGACUUCAGCCUCCAACAGGGCUGUGCGGGAGCGGCAGAUGCUGUGCCGCCAGCUGGCCGCGGCGGGCACUGGGCCCUGCCCGGUGCACCCAGCCUCCAGUGGGACCAGUCCAGCUCCGGCUCUGCCCGCUCGGGCACGGAACCUUUAGGAAGCCGCCACCAGCCCGGUAGCAUCUGCAGCCAUCCGGGUAGCAUCGGCUGUUUGCUGUGGAGAAGAAAUGUCCAUACAACAGCAUCCCUCUUGGAAAGCCGUCCCCUCCUGACCUCUGUUCCCGCCCAGUCUGGGUGCCCCGGUCACCUGCCUCGCUGUUGUCCAUGUGCUAGCUCUUACCUGCAACUUCCAGUGCAUGCUUUCCCUCUCCCUGCAGUUUGGCCUGUGCCAGGCCCGCCGACCCUCAGCACAACUCUGGGACCAUUGGGACCGCAUCCCUUGACCCCCAGCCGGACCUCCUGCUAAGUGGCAAAGCCCUGGGUAGCUCCCCACCUGCUCGCCCCACUACUGCCAAUGGGCUCUGGAUAGAAAGAACCAGCCUGGCCAGGCUGGGGGCUUGAUGUGUGCACCUCGAGAGGGGGUCUGGCUGUGUCCUCCUUGGCUGGUCAUCAACACCGGCAGGGCCAAGUGCUGUCCUAACGUCGCCGGGGCAAGCUGCAUUCCACUGCCACACAUUCCAGCUGGGAUGCACCUCCAUUCAUGCCCGGCUUCAGCUACCAGGGUCCCGAUGGCUCCGGGAGAUAGAGGAGUCUCACUUGCCUGCUAUCAAAGGAUCGGGGACCCUGGGCAGGUCCAUCAGGUCCCCAUGGGCAGGGGAUUCAUGCAUACCGAUUGCCAAGAGCCAUGGCACACUGAAGGGGGACGCUAGUGGCUCCUUUACUGCCCUGGGUCUCUAGUGGGGAGCUCACGAGCUGCUGGUGUUUGGCGUCCCCCCAGCCCCCCGCCAAUGCUUCCAUUGAGACCCAUUUCCUUUUGAUUCAGACGCCACAAGGCCUUCGCCUUAGCCCCUCGGCCGUCCUCGCUAUCCCCAGGUCUGCAGAGAUGCCGUGUGGCACAGCCUUCCCGCACGUGGGCUGCUGCGUCUCACCUUUAGUGAAGAAUAAAUGAACUUCUCUUGGAGCAAGGCAUCGCCUCUGGGAAAUCCGUUCAACACCGAAGGCAGAGUUGUGGACUGCUGGGUCCCCGAGUGGGAAUCUCACAGAACCGGCCCUGUGUCCCCUCUGGCUGCUGCUCAGAGGGACACAGCUAUACCUCAAGGUGUGUGGCCUUGGGUUCCUUGCAGAGAGACAACUGAGAAAUCCUGUUCUGAUCCAGCCUUGGCCCGGCCCUUUGGACUGCGGCACUCCAACCACACUCCGCUGUCCCAGGAUCUGCACCGACACGGCCCCGUGGACCCAGGAGGAGAAGGGUUCCUUCUGCCCUGACUCGGUGGCCCUGCCUGGACUGCACAAGGGCUCCCGCUGCACCCGCCCUUAGCUGUCUGUGUCCUGGGAUCCUGAGCAUAGGGCCUGGGACCCAUCUCCUCCUCUAGGGAAUUUCAGUGCUGCUGGAAGAGUGACUGAUUUUAAAGCAACCCUGGCCCUCCCAGGUCAGGAGACCCCGUGGUGCCGAGGCUCUGUUAGCCCUGCCGACCAGCUGCCUGGAUACAGGCUUCAGGUUCCCUGGACUCCGCCUUGUCCCUUUGGUGGAACCAUGGUGCUCAUCCAUAGGAAGCGGAGGGAAGGGCCCCAGUGGGGCUGCUGUUCGAGGUGGGGCUGGUGAUGGGUGGCAUGCUGGUCACCUCCUCCUGCCACAGUGCCCUUCUGUGCCGGGGACUGUGUCAGCAGGGCCUGCAUCUGCUAACAGAGGUGUCAACAGGUGCAGGAGGACAGUAGUGCCUGCAGGCGGAGGCGGGGCAGGGGGAAGAGGCCUGGAAGGGCUCUGUGUGGCCCGGCCCAGCACAGAGGGGCACAGCUGCCAUCUCUGCCCCAACUCCUGCUGUGAGAGCUCCCGGGUCCGUGCCAGCACUGAGGGUUGGGCCACACGGGCAGGGCUGGCCACCCUCCCAUCCAUGUCCACUGCUGGCCCUUUGCCUCUGAUGGUUGUGCCUGGCCCAGGCUGCUGCUGUCCCAGCUAUGUGUGGUUUGGUGACUCCUGGCGCUCCCGUCAGUGGCACAAGACUGGCACAUGGUUGCCACCUUCUCGAUGGCUCCCCACGACUCUGGACCUGUAGCAGAUGAUAGCGGGCCCUCAUGGCUCCCAGAGGAGGGCACCUCAGUCCGGGGCAGGGGAUGAGACCCAAGGCCUGUGCAGCCCAGGAAGGAGACCACGGUGACGGACGGAGGGACGGACAGGGUGAAAGACUGCGGUGGGGCAGGAGCGGCUGUGUACAUAUUCGGGGUUACGGUUUCCCCAGCUUCCGGAGAGCAGACAGUGACGGUAAAGAGGCAUCGGAGUUAGUGAUGCGUGUGAGCAGUUUCUGUGCUCUUGGUGUCGGUGUCAUCGUCGUGGGGAAGACCUCGUGACUGCUCCUGGUGCACGUGGUACCCGUCUGGUAAGUGAGCUUGCUGCAUUCCAGGGUGCAUUUGAUAAUGGCCUUUAGGAGGGGCAGCUCCACACUCCCUGAGUGUGGCCUCACUGGGGACUGGCUCCAUGCCCUGAGGCGUUUCGGUGACUUCUAGGAACCGCAAGGACCCAUCUCAUUGGCCCAGGUGAGUAGAUGAGAGGGGUGAGAAAUCCCACGUGGCAUCGAGCAGGACUGUCCUGGCGCUCCGUGCCUGCUGUUCUGGAGCAGGGAGCCACGCCUACCACUGGGUGAGCCCACCGGGAAGUUCCCCACGGGGUGGCGGAUGGAUGAGCGGAUGUGGGCAUCGGGCAGAGGGCACAUACCCCGGGGUAAAGGAGGAGCCUUGCAAGGCCCCAUCCUUCCCGGUGAGUGGUCAUGCCUGGUCCCCUGUCUGGGACUUGUCACUGAGGGCCUUUGAGAGGAGAGCCUGGAAUGGUCAGAUCAACGGGAAAGGCUCCCUGUGUCGGGGGCGGGGGAGACAGGGUGUCCUGUGGUCACAGAGGGGCGAGGACUCAAGUCUCAGUGGCAUGGUCUCUUGGGGACUUCAUGUUAUAUUUGGUGGCAACUGGCCCAGGACAGAGGGAGAAACCAAGCUCACACAUACGUACCCACCCAAAACCCACCAGGUCUCUGCCCUCCCCAGGCCAAGCCGCCCACCAGAGGAUUUGGGGAGACUAAGGCACAGGCAGAGCAGAGGAAGUGAACACUGGGGGGUCCCUUCUGGGCUCGGGCCUGGGUUCCUUCACAUUUUCUGAAGUUAGGACGCUGAGCCAUCUGUACGGUGCUGCUGUCCUCACUGACCAUGUCGCAGCUGCCCAGUGCUGGGCUGAGCUUGUUCUGCAGGGGCCGAGAAUGUUCCCACCAGGCGGGCACAGGGACAGCGGUGCUGAGUGCUGUCAGGGCCGUUGCCACAUUUUCACUGUCCACGCCAAGUUCCCUCCUGGGAUAGAUUCCUGGAGGGGCAUUAAAGCGUAGGAAGACCUUUCAGGUCUUCAUUAUCUAGUGACAAAAAGGGUUUCCAGAAAUGUCCAUUCGCGUUCCCACCAGCACGGGGAGGAGCGCCCAGCGGCCAGCGUUGGGUGUUCUGGGCUGGAUGUUUGCCGGUUGGGUUACAGCAGAGGCCUUGUGGUUUGGUCUGCACUUCUGGGUUCUCUCUCUGCAUUUGGUGGCUGUAUUUCCUCUUCUGUGGAUUGUCAGUGCCCCUCGCUGUACCUACUGAGGUCUGAUAAAUUUGUAUAAGCUCAUUAUUAUAUAUUAAAGAUACUAACCUGUG